CGGUUGCCUUGCUUGCCAUAGUACCAUUCUACAGCUCAGUAGUUACUGAAAUUCAAGCAUGGACGAAACGGUCACCAUUGUUUUAAAGGAUUAAGGUAGAGUUGCCCCCCUCCCCCUCCCGCCCCACCAUGUCUGGUCUGUCCGCCCGCGCUAGGCUGUACCAGAACAUCAAUGACAGCCUCAAUGAAGAUGACGUCAGGAGUCUAAGAGCCAUACUGGUCACAGACAAGCACCUCGGACAGGCGAGGGUAGAAAACGCUACACCUCAAGAAAUGUUCAACAUGUUAGAAGACGACGGCAAGAUUGGCAGGGGAAACCUAGGGCUACUUGCGGACCUCUUGAAAGCCCUUGGCAAGACAAGGUUAGCUCAAGAAGCCGAGGACGUGAUAAAGGCCGAUGAGGGAGGAGCAGUCGCUUCGGAGAAUACCGUUGCAACUACAAAAGCAACAUCAGACAAAAACGCCGACAACGAGGGGAAGGGUGAUGCGUUAUUAGCAACACCAGGCAAUGUUGAUGACAUCAUUGUCUGUCUGAAGGACCUGUAUGCUACAGAGUAUGCACGUGUGCGACCUCUGCCGUGGUGCGAAGACUUCAACAUGGACGUGGGAGAAAUCUACACCAACCUGCAACUACAGCGUAGGGACGGCAGAGGGCACUUCGAAGACACUGAUACCAUCGUAAGCUUAGCAGAUAUUUACAAGACUGUAGAUGUUUGUGCUAAGCCAGUUGUUAGGAAGAUAAGAGUAGAGGGGCCUCCUGGGAUUGCGAAGUCGUGCUCUUGUCGGAGACUGGCCCAUGAUUGGUCGUCUGGAAAAUUGCAUUGUUUUAAAGCCGUAUUCUUCCUGGAAAUGCGGCACUUGUCUGGAAAAGUAAAAGACGCAAUAUUUGAACAGCUCUUACCAAAGGAUAUAAAAAUGACCACAGACCAGCUCUGGUCUUACAUUGAAGAGAAUCAGAAAGAGGUUCUCUUUAUUCUGGACGGUCUGGAUGAGCUCAGUCAGACAGCCAGAGAGAGUACAGAUGUAGUAGACUUGAUUCAAGGUAAAAUCCUCAGAAACUCUCAUGUCCUGGUGACCUCCAGACUAUACCACUGUGUUGAAGACAUUGAGAAAUGCCAUAGCUUUUACAAAAUUGUAGGAUACAGCAAAGAGAACUCAGUUGGGUUCAUUCGUAAGUACUUCAGCAAGGCGCCUGAAUCUGCCACAAAGCUUGUGGAAGCUCUAACAAAUAGCAGCAAUCUGGGAGAAAUCGCACUGAAUCCACUUAACAACGUACUCAUUUGUGUUGUGUUCGAAGAAAAUGGAGACAAUCUGCCUUCUGGAAAAGCUGAGCUAUAUCAAAUGAUCAUACAUUCAAUUGUUAAGAGAUACUGUACAAAGAAUGGCAUUCCCAUCAAAGGCCGCACAUUGCCUUCUAACAUAGAAGAAGCAUUGCGAGGUCUGGGGAAACUGUCCUGGGAGGGGUUACAGCGGGAUCAGCUCCAGUUUAACAUAGAUGAUAUAAGACAGGAGUUUGGAGGGAGUACAGAUGACAUGUUAAACAUGGGCUUGCUGACAAGAGAUUAUUCUUUCUCCAGAAUCAAACGCAUCUGCUACUGCACUUUCCUACACAAAACCUUCCAGGAGUACUUGGCUGCAUACUACAUCAGCCAGUUAGUCAGAGAGGAAAGUAAACAAGAUGAAGGCGUGAGAUGUCUUCGCACUUUGUUCGGUGUGGGAAAGACUUCUGAUGUUAACAGCCCGAUUAUAAAGAGCUACGAAAAGUACAGAGAGAUUCAAAAUAUUUUGCCCGUGAUGCUGGGUAGACAUGCAGACCCACUGUUUGCAAUGUUUGCCGACGAACUAAUGACACCUGGACUAAAGGGGAGGAGAGAGAUAUUUUGUCAUUUAUCUGUCUUAUGUCACUUGGUAGAGCUGGUGAAAAUGGCAAACUGGCGGAGAUUCUCGCACCUUGUGUGUCUCCGUACAUAACUAACGGAUUAGGUCGUCAUGACCUGUCUAAGAGUGACCAUGCUCAGUGGUUUGAUGGUUUCUUACAGGUGCUUUCUUCUCAAAAGAAUCUCGCAAU